AUGAUUACAAAUCAAGAAUUGAAGAGUAAAAUAGAUUAUAUACAUAAAGCGUGUUUAACUACAAAUUCGUUACGGGAACGUGAUAAAAUACUAAGCCAUUUAAUAAGUAUAACAAAAAGUGCAUUACACGAACAACUAUUAAGUUAUAAACCAGAUGACAUAAUUAUAUGUACUCUUAAACUGUUCUUGUAUUACAACAAAACUUUGAACCAUGAUGAUAAUAUGUGCGACUGGAAACGUCGACGAAAGCGUCGGCUUGCUAAAGAGUGUUAUAACAAUUUAUUGCAAGUAUAUAUCCCUGAAAAGUCCAAGGAAAUUUUACAAGCAGUACUCAAUACCAUUUAUGAGAACAAGCUUUGGGAAUUUGAAACUGUUUGUUUUGAAAUAUUAUGUAAUUUAUUGGAAAGUGGUGUCAACGGAUCGUUGAUGUUCUACACAAUAUUUGACAAAAUUGAAGACCCAAAUAUGAACAUAGAAGACACAAGAAGAAUUAUAAGAAUAUUAUACGAUCUAUUAGAUGUGUAUGAGUGGCCAGAUACUUAUGAUACUCUAAUGGUCAUUAAAAGAAUUCUAAACCUCUUUUACAUAAGUGUAACUACUACAAAGUCAUCUGUGUCAUUUAUCAAGUAUAGUCAUGCUAUACCGUAUGCAAUGAUUAAAAAGGGCCUAGAAGUUUGUAUUAUAAAUAUGGUCAAACAUGUGUAUAAUGAUCACCUUCUAAUCAUAGUCCAAUACAUGUGUUCAUGGGCUGUUGAGCCAGGAAUGACUGAUGAAAUUAUUUUAGAAUAUGGUAGUACACUCGAGUAUACAGCUUAUAUGCAUGAAGUUACAUUAUAUGAAAAAUCUUUAACACCAAAUAUAUUUCCAUUGCUUAUGGAAAUGAUAGCAUCAAAAAGCAAAAUAACAAGUUUAUUGGGAAAUAGGGUAAUGCAAUAUUUACUUGACAGAAGAGAAAAUAAAAUGAAUUUUGAUACACCCAGAAUAUUCUUUGAGAAUACUCAAUUUGAUUUGACAAUAGGAGAGUGUUUUAAAGAAGAUAAGAUGUUUUGCAAACUUCAUAGGGAGAUUCUGCAUGACAGUCUUUUAAAGAGCAUCGUGAACCAUUGUACAUCGCGCAUGAACUUAGAAACAUCAUAUUGCACAAUAUGUUUACUCGCAAUAGAAGUCCCAUGUGGAUUUACAGCAGCAGCUAUAGUCUGUCUUAUAAUGAAUUUGCAAGACUUGACUUUGAAGGAAUACAAAGAUCAGCAUGAAGUAUCUUAUCAUUUACAUGCCACAAUAAUCGCAAUUAUGUCUCUCUUGUGUUGGGUUCAUAAAGCCAAAGUAUUUUAUGAGUAUGUAAACAAAAUUAUGCUCGAAAGAGCACAGUGGGCUCCACAUUUAAAUCCACCUAUUCAAUCUCAAUAUAAUUUUGCAGCACAUCAUAUUCUUUGGGAUAAGCCAGACUUGUUUUUUGUAGAUUGGGAAGCUCGUUAUGGUCUGUGGAAAUGUUUUCGUUUGCGUGAAACUGAGGAUGAGGCAACUGACAUAUGA